GAAAAAUACCCCAUUGCUUGAUAGUCGGCGUUUUUAGAGGCCAAAGUGCCAUCGUUUUCAUAUUUUUCUUUUUGUUAGAACAACGAUAGUAAAAAUAAUAAAAUACGACAUGAACCAAAGUAUUUUUUUUUCAACUUGAAAUAAUUACAGUAAAACUUCCACAACACACAUGCUGAGCUACGCUACAAUGUGCUACUUUUUCCAAAACAUUAUCGAGCACAAUAAUUUCACAAAAAAUUCUUGGAUAACUUUUCAAAACUAAGAUGAAAUUGUGUCGAGCACACCAUGAAUCAAACAUGCACAUUCAACUUUACAUCAACAUCGCCCCAAUUAACAGCAGCGAUACGUUCAUUAACACCUCUAAUACUAAUGAACUGUCAAAUUCUGGGAUCAUAUCCGGCAGAUAAAAGUUCAUACGUAUACCAACAAUCAUAUUCAGAAUACGAUUUCAUAAUUGUCGGCGCAGGAUCAGCAGGAAGUACCAUUGCUGGUCGUUUGAGCGAAAUUCCAGCAUGGAAGGUAUUGCUCAUCGAAGCAGGAACUGAUCCACCAAUUAAUUCCGAUAUACCUUUUUUAUAUCCUACCCUACGACACUCAGCUUAUGACUGGAAUUAUACUACAGAAGUAACAGGAGACACUUGUCUGGCCUUUCCCGGUAAUCGGUGUACUUGGCCUAGAGGUAAGGCCCUCGGUGGAAGCAGUUCGAUAAAUACCUUGGUAGCGAUACGCGGUAAUCCUAGGGAUUACGAUUACUGGGAAUCUUUGGGUAAUCCAGGCUGGGGCUACAAACAUGUUUUGAAGUACUUCAAAAAACUAGAACGAUUACGUGUGUCAAAAUAUAAAGAUGAAGCAGCGCAUGGCUAUUCUGGAAAAGUUUUUGAGGAACUGUCCACUAACAAGACUGUCUAUGAUAUCACCGAAGCUAAAAAUUAUAUUGCAAAUUUUGCCACAAAGUUUGGAUACAAAAUAGUCGAAGAUAUAAAUGCUCAUAAUCAAGCUGGAAUAACGUUUAUACCAUGUACAUUACGCAAUAAUGUUAGAUGGAAUACUGCCAAAGCCUAUCUUGAACAUGCAAAAGAUCGACGUAAUUUAACCCUUAUGAAAGGAACAAUGGUCACUAAAAUAUUAAUUAAUGAUCGAAACAAAGCUUACGGAGUGGAAGUUUGCAAAAAUGGUAAAUACAAGAGAAUAUAUUGUAGAAAAGAAGUGAUCGUAUCAGCUGGUGCUAUCAAUUCUCCUCAACUACUGAUGCUUUCUGGUAUAGGGCCUCAAAAUCAUUUGAGUAAAUUCAAAAUCAAAGUAAAACAGAAUUUAUGCGUUGGUUGCAAUUUAAGAGAUCAUUUGUCCGUUCACAGUUAUAUAGGCGCAAUACAAUUAGAAAGUUAUAAAAAAAAUCUAGACAUCUCGUAUAUAUUGAAGCAAUAUUUGAUUAAGCGGUCAGACAUCGGUACCGGAUUUGAUACCUGUUUGUUCUUCAACACAACAGGUUAUCAAUCUGACUACCCCAAUAUUCAAGUUACCUACACGAUUCUGCCAAUGAGUACAUCAGUGCGUUCAAUUUACGAGAAAGUUCGAGAAAUGAAACCGAGCAUUAAAAAGGAAACGUCAGCAUUUACUAAAGAUGACCCCUUGUUUCAAAUGGACGUUGCACUACUGAAACCAAAAAGCCAAGGUCGAAUUUUUCUGAAUAGCAGAGAUCCAUUCGAGCAUCCUAAAAUAUUCACCGGAUACUUGACAGAAAAAGACGACUUGUAUGCUUUAAUAGAAGCUUUACGAGUGACAGAUACGUUGGUGCGAUCUAAAGCUUUCAAGCAAUACGGAACCAUGCAGUCUAUACCAAUAUUACGCUGUUUGCUACAAGUUCCAUACUCAGAUAAAUAUUACGAAUGCUUAAUUCGGCAUUUUGGUACCACCAAGUAUCAUCCUGCUGGCACGUGCAAAAUGGGACCUUCAAAAGAUCCGGAUGCGGUUGUUAGUUCAGAACUGAAAGUUCAUGGAAUACAAGGGAUGAGAGUUGCUGAUGCGUCAAUAAUGCCACAAGUGCCAAAUGCCAACUUGAACAUACCUGUAAUAAUGAUCGGCGAAAAAGUUUCUGAUAUGAUCAAGAAAGAUUGGUCUUGAAAAUUGUACAAAUGCAGUAAAAGUAUCCCUCAAUUUCCUGAAAGGGCAAAAGUAGUUAAAAAUCAACUUUAGGGUGCUAAAUUUUUGAGGAAAAAAAUUGAUUUUUCAAAAGUUUUGCGAAAAAGCGAAUUUUUUGCAAAUAGCAAGACUUUUUGGCAACUAAGAAUACUUAAUAGCAAAAAAAUUAUUAUUUUUCGCAAUUUUGUCAAAAAAGAUUCUAAGGCGUCCUUAAAUAAAGAUUUAUUCAAUUUAAUUCAGCGUUGUUUUUUUAUAUUUUUGGCAAUUUUUGACAAUUCUUAGAAAAAAACGAAAUUUUUGGGAUUUUUUGAAAAAAAUGAGAUUUUUUGGGAUUUUCUUACAAGAAACCACAAUUUUUAGAAAAUUUUAGCAAGAAAAUGAGACUUGUUGGCAAUUUUAAACAAGGUGAGAUUUGAUACAAAUUCCGUAUUUUUUGCGAGAAACGAAACAUUUGUUUCUUGUUUUCUUCACGAAGUUGGGCCGAGAUUUAGUAGAGUGUCUAACAGGAAUUUGUUAAUCGAAAAUCACUACAUUUUUUUCACUUCCUUGCAAAAAAAUCAGCAUCUUCCAAAAUAUUUUUGACCCCUUUCCCCUCCAAGAUCAAUUUUUUAGUUUUUUUGUGUUUUUUUUGUUUGGACUUUGUAAAAUUAAUUCAAUGGUUAGAAAAUCAUCGCCACAUUUAUACUCGAAAAAUAAGCAAAUUAAAACUAUUCAACUAUUUCGAGAAUGAAAUUCUUUCAAAUAUGAGGACUUCAAGUACAUAACAGGAACUUUAACAAUACAUUUUUUGAACAAUUGGGAUUUUUCAUGAGGGAGAAGAGACUGAGCGAGGCAAAAUUUUACAUUCAAAUUUUUCGCUUUUCUGAUGUCUUCAAACAUCACAAGAUUUUUUUCAGGCAAGUGGAUGGCGGAUGUCGAGAAUAUAAUUUUUCACCUUUAAGGUUCUUUUUACUGUAAUGAAAUCGGGCGAAUAAAAAACUGUGUUUUCCUGUGUUUCAAAAAAGUAACAUCAGCAACCACAAUUUCCAAAAAAAAAAAAGUAACCAAGAGUUACGUUUUUACCUACAUAAAAAGUAAGUGGUUUCUUGUUUUGUCCAAUUUCAAAAUUGAAGGCAUUAAAGCACUUGGAAAAUGUUGAUUAAGUACAUAUAUAUAGCCCUUUCAUUUUGAAUCUGAACUGCUCCCCAAACGUUUUUUUUUGUUCUUCUCAUAAAAUUUUUGAAAUUUGAGAGCUCUCCUCAAAUAUCAUAAUAAUUAAUUUGUGUAUUAAAAUUGAUUUCCAAAGGGAAGUACACCGCAAAUCAUCCAACAUCUCAGGUAAAUUCAGCAAAAUUAUACAACAUCUAGCAAUACUACGGAUAUUUUACUUCCGUUGACGCACGAAAUUUUCCAUUUUUUAGUUCGUUGUUGUUUCGUACCUACUUACUUAUAAUAUGAGGCUUUUUUAAAUAAUUUACGUACUCAAGUUUUGUGUUUUCUGAACUGUGACAGAUAACGCAGAUAAGCGAAUACCAGUAACAUG